GCGCGCUUCUUCGAUUUGCGAACCACCGUCGUAAUGGAUGGCUUCUCAUGGUUGAUUAUCUCGUGGGUUGUCGUUGGCGCACUUUGCUAUUUCGCUUUAAACAAACUCGGUACACCACAACCCGAAAAUGGUGUUUCGCUCAGCACAGAAUCAUCCGCUUAUAGCACUAGCGCAUCCCGGUCACAAACGAGCGAGUGGACAAACGAUUUAUUAAGAUGGCUUUUUAAUAACUUACGUCGUGUACCAGAACCGCUUGAAGCUUGGAUAAGCUCGUUAAAUGAGGCUGCUAAGAAAGUCUCUUCUCCGUCGACUUGUGAAAUACUUUUCGAAGGCUUUGCGGACAAUUCCAAUGUGAGAAUACCACCAAAAGUUUCAAAUAUUCACACGGAACAGGGUCCAAAAGAUCAUCUUACAAUGAAAAGUACUAUAGAUGUUCCGGAAGUGAAUUUAAAAUUGGUCAGUUCACAACGAGUUGAGGAUCGUUUGAUAGUAAGCAAUUUUGAUGCAAAAAUACGCGAUCUCCACGGAGAAGUAAGCAUACAUAUGUGGAUUGAUGAAUUGUGUUAUGAUUCGAAUCAAAUCUACGUGAUGGCAUGUUUCAGUGGAAGACCUGAACUGGAAAUUCAGUUAACAAACACCGACUCAAGCGUAGUUGGUGAAGUGAACAGUACAAUUGUGGAAGCUGCAAUUCGUCGUUGUCUUGUAUCAGCUGUCACAAAUGUUUCAUUAUCAGAUGCAUUAAGUCCACUGAACACAACCACCACAUCAACUCCAACAUCACCGAUCACUCCUCUGAUGACGCGCAAUUAUCGUCAACAGUCCGCUGAACGUUCACCAAUCGUAACGACACCAACAAGUCAAAUUGUUGCUCCCGUACAAGAAAUGAUAAAACGACUCAGUCAAUCGCAGCACAUGACCUUACCGACAGCCAAUAUAAGCAAUCAAUUUAGCAGUGCUCAACCGAAUAAAGUUCGUGUAAAAGUUGUCCGUGCUCAACGACUCGGCAAAGAAAUCGGUAAGCAGUUCAGAUUAUCAGUGCUGAAAUUUGUCUUCUUAUCUUCUCAUCUGGAUAUUUAUUUCAUAUCAAUAUUUGCACUUCAAAAUUUUACAGAUGUAAAUCAGCCGUAUGUUGUCGUUGAAAUGGAUGAACCAGCCCAAAAAUACACUACCACGAAGGGACUUAAUAUGAGUCCGUACUGGGAAGAAACGUUUGAUUUUGAUUUUACACCUGCUUCCGAAGAGAUUUUGUUCGAAAUAUACGAAGGUGAAAAGGCCACACACGAUGCGGAACCACGAUUUCUUGGCCUCGCAAUUGUUGGCUUUGAAGAAAUACGACGUUCUGGUGAAAGCGUUCAUUCGUUCACAUUACAGGGAAGACCGUAUCGUAACGACAGCGUUUCUGGAACACUCACAGUUCAGUUCGACUUCUAUCAUGAUCCAAAUGUGAGCAUUAUGGGACAACAGGUUGAUCAAGUGAUUGUUCACGGUAAUGACGGUAGCGAAUUCCGUGAAACUUUAAUGACCAGCAGACGACCAAUUUAUGAUCCACAUGACAGUCUUGAAGGGCGUGAUUUAAUACCAACGAAAACGACUACAGUAACCGUCAAAGGCGUCUCACAACAAUUUCAGCAACUCAAAGAUAAGCCACUGAUAUCGUCAGUCCACAGCUCAAUGGAAAGUCCUAUGGAUCCAGUGACACCACGAACGCUUGAACCGACCUUCCAAAGAGCACACACUGAUGAGGGAUACGACAGCCAAAGGUACGAUGGAUCAACAGGUCUUGCUGGAAAUCAAACGGCAACAACAACAGCGACAACUUCAUUAAAACAGACAGCGGUUAACAGCAUGUCAUCAGUACCAGCACCAGCAUCUCAAACAACCACAACAAUUACAGCAACUCAGCAACAUUCACCCACAUAUCAAGUACCACAGCAAACAAUUCGAUCUCAGCAACAACCCCAACCUGGUAAGACAGCUCAAUUAAUCCAAAUCAGUCAUCAUCCAAAAGACUCAUCAAUAGCCAACGAACAAGGCAAAGUACAGACUCAAGCUCAUUAUCCUAGUCCAACAUAUCAAGAACAACGAGCCGUACUUGCAAAUAAAGUGAACACAACAUCACAACAGCAGUCGACUCCUUUAACGCCGACCGACGAUCCAACACGAAUUUCACGCGAAUUAUUUAUCAGCUGCAAAUUUCUGAUCAAGACUCGAUCUGUCAUGGUAAAAUUUUCAGAUCGUUUCAAGAAACCAACAGUCGAAGGUGAAGUAACAUCUGAAAAAAGAGAACGAUCUUUCUUCGGUGAAUUGCGCGAUCGCUUAAGUGGACGACGCCGGUCGAAACGACGAGCCAAAAGUUUCGAUCUAGGAAAUGAAGAACUUGAAGAAGCAGUCUCAUUGCCACCAUCCAGAGAUCAGUCAAGAACCAGAAACAAAGACGCAAACUGGAGCCAAUUUCUAUAUUUUUUUAAAGAGAAACACAUCAGUCGAAGUCAUCACGAAACGUCAUCUGUUGGCGAAAAAUCUGGCAUCUCAUCAAAAAGUUUAUAUCAGCACAGCACAUUGGUUUUAGAAACAACUAAGGAUGGCAAAAAGCGAUAUUAUUUGAUUCCUCCAUCAAUUGUUGAUGAACCAGCUGCGGCUCGAUUGAUGAAACAUGGUAAAAAGUUGCACAUUUACAACGAUCACAUUUUUGUCGCCGUAAAACUUCGCGGUGGUACUACAUGUAACGUGUGUCAUCACAGGAUUGCGAGAAGUUUUGCGAAGCAAGCCUAUCAAUGCAGAGAUUGUCGUUUAGUCUGUCACAAAACUUGUCACUACAAAACCGAAUCGUAUUGUACAGCUAGUACAGUUUCGAAGCUGGACAUAUCGAAAGAUGUCGACUGGCCACAUUUCUUACAACACUACGAAUUUGAAGAAUUCAUCUCGUCGGAUGGUGUCUAG